CCUCCUUCAUUCGUUUCCUUUUUCCCUCCCGAAUCCUCCAACAAAAACCGCCCAGACGCAGGCAGGCAGAGCAAGAAUCGUCGGAGAGAUCGAGAUCUAGGAAUCUAGGGCGCCGCCGCUAGCCAUGGCGCCGCCGAAGCCAACCUCUCCACCCAACCCCGCCUUCGCCUCCGCCUCCGCCGCCGCCCCCGCCUCCGACAAGAAGAAGGUCACCCCCAUCCAGGUCGCCUUCCUCGUCGAGCGCUACCUCGCCGACAACGGCUUCGCCGCCGCCCUCGCCGCCUUCCGCUCCGACGCCGCGCACCUCUUCGCCAAGACCAACAGCAAGAUGGCCACCCCCAAGGGCCUCCUCCCGCUCGCCGACAUCCUGCACGACUACAUCUCCCUCAAGGAGACGCGCCUCGCCGUCGACUCCGCCAUGCAGGGCAUGAGCUCCCUCGUCUCCGCCUACUACAGCUCUGCCUCCUCCACCGCGCUUGUCGCCGCGCAGGCGCAGGCGCAGCCCUCGUCGCCGCCGCUCGUCCCGCCCUUCUUCGUCUGCCCCACCGCAUCCUCCUCUCCCCCGCACCCAUACGUGUCCAUGCCUCCGCCUCACACAGCCCCUCCUGGAUAUGCUACGCCUAUGAUACACUACACCCAGUCAUCCUCGUCCCUUGUUGUUCAGAAUUCAUCAAAUGCCAACAAUAUGCCCACCCCAGCGGUCAGCUCAAAGAAGAGAAAGGCACCUGCAAAGUCUACAAAAACCACUUCAGCCUCCAAGAAAAUAUGCGCCGCACCUGCAAGCUUGAACCCAAAAGGUAAAAGUGCAGCCUCUCUACUGCCAGCUCCUCAGCCAAGUUCAGCUGAACAUUCAGCGAUUGCACAACUGCCAGUCCAAGCCUCAUCUGUUGCAAAAAGCUUAUUUAAACCAGUCCAGCCUCAAGUCAGUUCUUCUCCUUCUACAACUCAACAAAGCAACCCCAUGGGAGAUGAGUCCGCUUCUUAUCAAACCCUAAGGCCACCAUCUCUGGAUGCAACUGCUCCCACACAACAGGAGAUUGCUUCCUCUCAGUAUUCUAUAGUUUCUUCCAAGACUCUAAUCGUCAGUCCUAUGAAAGGUGGCACCUACUAUUCUGUUGAGAGGAGCUGCCAUGUUAGCUCCCCCUUAAAAUCAACCACCCAGAGGUCAAAAAGGGAACAUGUGAAAGGGAGGUUGGAUUUUGACAGUUCAGAUGCAAGGCCAGGUUCAACUGAAAAUGUUUGCGAGAAGGCCUCUACCUCUACCCCUGCAGACAACCAAGUGGAUUUUGACAUUGAUUUCACAAACUUUGAUAUAUUCAAUAACGACUUCUCAAUUUCUGAACUUCUACAAGACUUUGAUCUUGAGAAUGAAGGCAUCCAUUGUGGGAAUCCUUCCACAAAUGCUGAAAUUCAAAGACUACAGCCUAUUGCAAAUAGUGUGGCAGAUCCAGUUUUUCCAGAUUCAAUGAAGCCAAUGGAAGCAGAUACCUCUGAAGCCAUCAAUUCACAAGGAACUACAUCUGUUACUUCUGUCAGAGCUAUUACUAAGAGGAUAAAGAUUGUUAGCCCAGCGAAGGGUCGCACAACUUCUUAGCUCAGCAAAUAGAACUCUACACCACCAAGAGCAAGUGUCCUCUGGAUAUGACUACUAACUGACAUGGUCUAGAUGACUAGAUGGCCAGAUAGUUGCACCAUGCCAAAUACUUUCAGCAUCACAAGUACACAUGGCUUUCUGGUGGCAAGCUUGUGCUGUUUUGUUCCUUGUUCACAUUUAGUAUUAACUGUCUUCAUGUAUAGCUAAGUGUUUAAGCGUAGACACUAAUUGGAUCUGUCGGAAGUUUGCUAUAUUAAAAAAUUAUGGCGUAUUUUUUAUUCUUUA